AUGCAUUCUCUUGCUCUUUUCGGCCUCCUGGGCUCUCUCUCGCUCGUUUCCGCUGCUCCCACGGCUUCUCUGACGAAGAAGUCUACUUGUACCUUUACCUCUGCUUCUCAGGCUACCGCGAGCGCUUCCAAGUGCUCCAGUAUUAUCCUGAAGAACAUUGCAGUUCCCGCAGGAGAAACUCUCGACAUGUCCGGCGUCGAAGAUGGCACUACCAUUACCUUCGCUGGAACGACCACCUUCGGCUACAAGGAGUGGAGCGGCCCUCUUCUCCGCUUCGGUGGCAAGCAGAUUACCAUUAACCAGGAAUCCGGUGCUGUUAUCAACGGUGAAGGAUCCCGCUGGUGGGAUGGCAAGGGUACGAACGGCGGCAAGACCAAGCCCAAGUUCAUGUACAUUCACAAUCUAGAGGACUCGACCAUUACCGGUCUCUCGAUCAAGAAUACCCCCGCUCAGGCUGUUAGCGUCCAGGCCACCAACGUGUAUCUGAUCGAUAUGACCAUUGACAACUCGGCCGGUGAUUCUGAAGGUGGUCACAACACGGAUGGGUUCGACAUCAGCGAUAGCACCGGGGUGUACAUCCGCGGCGCAACCGUGAAGAACCAGGAUGACUGCCUGGCCAUUAACUCCGGUGAGAACAUCGAAUUCAGCGGGGGUUACUGCUCUGGCGGCCACGGUCUCUCGAUUGGCUCCAUCGGUGGACGCAGCGACAACAUUGUCAAGAACGUGACUAUUGAGAGCUCUACCGUCACCAAAUCCGCGAACGGGGUCCGUAUUAAGACUAUCUACGACGACACUGGCGCUGUCUCCGACGUCACCUUCUCUGAUAUCCAACUCUCCUCCAUCUCCGACUACGGGAUCGUCAUCGAGCAGGACUACGAGAAUGGCAGUCCCACCGGCACUCCUAGCAACGGAAUCGACAUUACCGAUAUCAAGGUCAAGGGUAUCACAGGCUCCGUGGACAGCGAUGCCACCCGUGUGUACAUCCUCUGCGGUAGCGGCAGCUGCACUGACUGGACCUGGUCUGGAGUUGACAUUACCGGUGGUAAGAAGAGCAGCAAGUGUAAGAACGUUCCCUCUGGAGCUUCCUGCUAGUUGGUGUUUGAUCUUCUUUUUU